ACAAAAAUGGAACAACAACAACAACAACAACAGAAAGAAAAUGAACCACCAAUCCGGCAUUUAAUGCCAUUAGAUGAAAGUAUAAUGAAAAGUAAAAAAUGUGUCGAAUUAUUGGUCGAUAAUCGUUAUAUGGAUGCUGUAGAAUUAUCAUCACAAUUAUCCGAUCAAUCAUUGUAUCAUUCACAUUGUCAUUCAAUGUUAUUAUUCUUCAAGGUUUAUAUGUCAUUAGAAUUGCCAGAAGUGAAAAAAGCGGAAGAAGCAUCACAAAAAACGAUAAAAUUUUGUGAAGAGAUACGUUCACUUACAUUACGUGAUAAUUUUUUUGUAAAAAUGUUUUUCGAUCAUGAUUAUAAUCAAUUUAAUGAUGAGGAAUUACAUGCUGAAUUGAUUCGUGCCGAACAAACUGUUUUUGCAACAUUGAUGGAAUUUUGUGUUGAUCAAAGUAUAUUUGUUCUAAUGAAAGUAUCAUAUCGUUUACGAUCAGUUUAUAUGAUGUUUAAAUCAUUUGCAAAAAUAUUGGAUACAAAAGAAUGGUCAAGUGAAACAUCGGCAAGUACAUUUACUACUGGUGUCAAACUUGGUCUUGGCAUCUAUAAUCUAAUGUUUUCAAUGGUACCAGAACGUUUAAUGUCUAUAUUAUCGAUGGUCGGUUUUAAAGGAUCUAAAUAUGAAGGUUUAGCAUUAUUACGAGAAGCUAGUGAUGCUAAUGAUAUAAGAUCAUUUGUUGCACAAAUGUUGGUUUCAUUUUAUGAAUGUUAUCUGGAUCAAAUGUGGAAUGUACGUUCUACAAGCACGGUGAAUACAAUUAAUUAUAUUCAACAUGGAUUGAAAACAAAUUCAUUGUCAAUAUGGUAUUCAUUAUUUAAGGGAAAAAUAUCACUAAUUGAAAAUAAUCUUGAACAAGCAAUCACAGAUUUUGAAGCUUGUGUACGGCUAAAAAAUUGUAUCGAUAUUAAACAAUUAACAACAUUAUAUCAUUGGGAAUUGAUGUGGUGUUAUGCUCUUAAAGGUGAUUGGAAAAAAGCCAUACAAUGUUGUCAUGAUUUACGUAAUAUAUGUGUAUGGUCACAAUCAACCUUGUGCUACUUGGAGGCAAGUUUUCGUAUCAUGUAUUUGGAAACAAAAUUAUUGGAUGAUCAACCACCAUCAAAGCCAUUACAACGGCAACGUAAUAAUAAUGGCAAAGGAAAACGUAAACAAAAACAAGUUCAACAACAACAACAACAACAUUCAUCGACAAAUGAUGAAACGAUCCAACAGCAACGAGAUAAAAUACACGAACUGUUGACUCAAGUACCUGAAAAAGUAAAACGUUAUGCUGGCCGACGAUUGCCGAUGGAAAAAUUUUCUUGUGAAAAAUUCAUUAAAUAUCAACAGGAAGGUCGACUAACAUGUCCAACAUAUGAACUGUUUAUCACAUGGAAUCAUAUGAUAUUCAUCUAUGGCCAAGAACAAUAUCUAUUACCUAUUAUUAAUCAUGUAGAUAAAUAUUUGAAAAAAUUUUCAUCCGAUUUAAGUGAUGAAAGCUAUUUCCUACUCAUGUUAAUCAAAGGUGCAUGUUUUAGGCAAUUGGAUCGUUUGGAUGAGGCUAAAACUUGUUUACUUGAAGUGGUAAAAAAUAAAAAAAUCAUUAAACAUGAUCGACAUUUGUAUUCAUUCGCUUGUCUAGAAUUGGGCAUCGUAUUGAUGGGACAAGAAUUGUUUGAUGAUUGUCAACAAAAGCUAUUGGAUGCACGACAAUGGAUCAAAAAAGAAGAUCCAAUGGAAUUAUUUGUACAAUUUCGUGUAGGAAAAGCAUUACGUAUGAUGAGACGUUUACGUGAUAACGAAUCAUCAAUAACAACAACAUUAACAAAUGGCAAUGACAAUAUUCCAAUAGCCAAUGGAAAUGGUGAUCAUCAUCAUCAUUGUAAUAAUGUUACUGAUGAUAUAAAUAAUGGACAUUCACAGAUACAGGCAGAAAUUGCGGUUAAUGGAAAUUCAGUGUGAAUUUAAUAUUACUUUAUAUUGUCAAUUUAAAUAACUUCGAAAGAAUUUCCAAACAACCGGUAAUAAUCAUCACAAUAUAAUAUAAAUAGUUUUUUCUCUCUAUUAUUGUUACUG